AUGGAGUGUGAGGUCUGUGUGGUAGGCUUGGGUGUGUCCUCGCUGCCUCUGCUGAAGCUGCUGCAGCAGUCGAAUACCGACUUCCGCGUCGUCAGCAGCACUGCUUUCGGUAUUUGGGAGAAGCUGACAGCGGCGGGCGAGAACUUUGACUUGGUCACCACCAUCGAGUCCACGAACUACAGCUGGUGGGACUAUGACUACGACUUUCCAUUCUACACGGCUCGUGGGUAUCACGACAAGCUUCUGGCUGAGCUGACACCUGAUCUGAUGGACCGAUGGGUUCGUAAGGAUGUGACUCAAGUGGACGAGACAGGAGGCCGUUAUCGCGUCUGGAGUGGCGACGAGCUUAUUCUUACGUGCUCGAAGCUGGUCCACGCCAUCGGGUUUGCACCGGACAAGAACAUCUUCUCGAACUUGUCCUGCAUCGCCAAUGCUGGCCGGCAGGGUGGCAAACACUUCUUGAUCUUCGGUUUCAGCGACACCACCAACCUCUACAUCUCCCGGCUGAUCCAUGCCGGGCACCGGGUUACUUUGGCCUGCAGGCACUUUCAUGUGGUGGAUAAGAUCGGAAGUACUCAUGGCAACGUUGGCGGCCCCUUUGACCAGUACGAGCCGAUGCAGCACUGGACAGGCAGCGGUACACUGCCCCGAGGCUGCUAA